AUGCCCAACCAAUCCGCCAGUGCCCUGCGCCUCCCCAGUCUCCCCUCCAUGGAUGCGGACGGCAUCGCCACCCUGCCCGACCCCAAGGAGCUGGAGCAGUGGCUGACGGCCACCGCCCAAGGGGCCAAGCAGGGUGCCCCGCCCCCCGCCCAGCCCGCGCACCAGGUGGCGACCCCGGGGCGGGGGCCUGUACCCUCGCACGACCCCGGUGCGAGCGGCACCCCCAAACCCCCGCACAUCGUGGGCGUGGACGUGCAGGCGACGCCCCCCGGCUCGCAGGCCGCUGUGUGGGCCGCGGUGCAGGUCCCCGGCCCAGGGGGCAGCCCCCGCGUGUUCUCCGGCGUGCCCCUCAAGGCCAGCCAGCUCGUGGCGGUGUCCAGCGGCUCGGCCCUCAGCGCAGACAGCGCGCCGCUGGCCGCCGGCUGGCAGGUGCCCCCGGCGCAGGCCCAGCCCAGCGUGGAGAGCGUGGCGACGGCCGGGCGAGGCGGCGAGGCCGCCGUCCCGCAGUUCGUGGUCGACCCCUCCCAGUGA